AUGCCUAUUCCAGUCAGAACCGAUGCGCGAACCUCCUCAAAGGCAAACAAAGCCGGAGAUGGCUCGUCUCAUAAGUCCAAUCCUCAGAACGCACCCCCGGUGAAAGGUGGUAUCACCGGAGUGCCAAAGCAGCCGUCGCAGCGAGGUGAGAAUGUUUCUACAGCAGUUGGCGGCCAGGUUCGCCCGCCGCAGACUGGAUUACCGAGGAGUGUCCCUACAGCAAGCCAGUCAACGGCAGGCCACACCAGAAGUCACUCUACGACAAGUACCCUCAGAAAUCCUUCCAAAGAUGCCACUUCGGAAGCCGCACGGCCGGCAGCCCCGUCAAACAAACUGGACUCAAUAGCGGCUCCCAGCUCGCAGCUGCAUGGUCGAAGAUUGAGCGCGUCCACCAGGCUCAAUGGACCCAGUCGCACCUUGGGUUCUUCAAUAAAGCCGGACUCCCGGGCUCGGCGUCUUCCUGAAGCAAUCCAAAAGCCUGCCCGGCCAUUGUCAGGAGGCACCACUCGUACGUUGAACGACAAGCCCAGCCUCAAGAAACCCGAGUUCACCAACUACAACCAGCAGUACAGUCCGAAGAGAACCAAACAGGUCCCACUUCAACCAUGUUCGACUAUACCACCCGGAAACUCAGGCUCGAGCGGUACCUCUUCCUCGUCUCUCACUUCGGCGCUGGUUUGGCGCUCCCGAGACGAGCUGCUACAGCUGAUGUCGGUCCAUGAGGAAGCUGACAAUAUGCUUUCAAGAUAUGCAAACAGCAUCACUUCGCAGCUGGCAUCGCGCUCUGACCUGCUGAGAGAGAAACUCUGCACCCUAGAGUCAUUAGAAGGAGAGCGGCAAGGCAAAGUCAACUCUCAUGCGACAAAAGUCUGGCUUGAUGCUGGGCAGGGGCAAUCCUCAACAACGUCGAAGGGAUCGGACAGGCUACUCGUCCUAGCGCAGACAAUCAGACAAUUGAAAGAGCUUACCAAACAAGGUGCAUUGCUGGACACUCUAAUGCAACAGUUCGACAAGUGGCAAGCGGUUGUACUUUCCGAAGACUUCACAUCUGCUGGCAGUGGAGUUAGCGAUAAGCCACCGGUGAGUCUGGCCGCUGCCCUCGAUUCGCAAUGGCCAUCGUCGAUGGAGGGCGUGCAGUUCGAGAUACAGGCUUGCGCGCAGGCAUUGGCCAAUCUCCAAGCCCCAUCCGACUCAUCCGCUCUCGGGCAUUUGAUCAAAGCGCAUUCCACACUCGCCGACCAGCUACUACAAGAGAUCGCCGUAUGUCGGGAUCUUCAACGCCUCAUUGUGCAGCAAGAGCAGAAGAAGAUGGAUGAUGCGGUCGCUCGAGCUGUAUCAGCAGCGGGGAACCAUGCGCGCGAAUGGCCGAAGAAUUCCGUCAAUAGAAAGGGCAUUUGGGAUAUGCAUUAA